AGUCAUAUUAUUUUAGAAAAUAUGAUUUAAAUAGACAAAUUAGUUUAUAUGACUAAAAUCUGUGAAUAGGAUAUUCUUAAUGAUAUAAGAGAAGUGGCUGUUAUGGAAUAUGAACUAUCAAUGGAUGACAAAAAUCUGCUUAUACAUGUUUAUUAUUAUUUUGUAGGUUCUUGAAAUACAUAUAAAAGAUAACUUGUAAUUUAGAAAUAAGAGGAUAUAGAAAGUAAUAAUUAUUUUUUUAUUUCAAGGCUAACAUUAGUUCGUAAUUUUCGGAAAUAGUACUUUAAAGAAAAAAUUAUAUAUGAGC